CAUAUUUUGUUUGACUGGACUGCACUGAGCAACGAACGACAGCACCGUUAUGCAAGUCACGAGACGGGCGUAAAAAAUCCCUAGAUAACUUCCAUGUGAGUUGUCUACUGCCUGGUAUGUUGCGGCCUCAGGGAAAAGCGUGAAAACUGACAGGCAGCACCGUCUAAAUAAUCGACUUUUGUUCAAUAGUUUUAUUUUUCUUCACUCCGUGUUCGCACACACGACAAGCAAGCACUGAAGCAGUGCAGUGCGUGCGUGUACAGUGUGCAAUUUCACUGCAAAGUUUCUCAACAUAGCCUGUUCACAAUAAUUGCAAUAACCGCAAUAUUCGUAAUGUCGACAGCCUGCCAUUUUCUACUAGGGGGCCUAUUUUACAUCGUCCUCGUGCAAGUGAUCGUCCUGCCGGGAGUAGUGACGACCACUUUCCCGUUCCAAGACGAUUCCCUCCCAUGGGAUGAGCGACUGGAUGACUUGAUAUCUCGAUUGUCCCUGGACGAAAUUACCCUUCAGAUGGCGCGGGGUGGUGAGACCAAGAACGGCCCGGCACCGCCGAUCCCCCGCCUAGGCAUUAACCCUUGGGUCUGGGACGACGAAUGCCUACACGGAGAUAUGGUCUACAAUGCAACAUCAUUCCCGCAGUCUAUUGGAUUGGCUGCAACUUUUAGCACAGAUCUGCUGUACAGAGUUGCCGAAGCUAUUGGUGCUGAGGUCCGAGCCAGGCACAACAACCUGACCCAGCAAGGCAUCUAUGUAAGCCGAGGUGGCCUGGGCUGCUUCAGUCCUGUCAUCAACAUCAUGAGGCAUCCACUGUGGGGCCGCAACCAGGAAACAUACGGUGAGGGUCCGUUUCUAAGCGGGGAGAUGACCAGAGCGUAUGUGACUGGCUUGCAAGGGAAUGACUCGCGCUACGUCCGUGCCAACGCUGGCUGCAAACACUAUGCCGCCUACGCUGGGCCUGAUAACUACCCUGUUUCUCGAUUGACCUUUGACGCCAAGGUAUCAGACCGUGACCUCUUCAUGACCUUUCUACCGCAGUUUCAUGAGUGCGUCAAAGCUGGUAGCUACAGCAUCAUGUGCAGUUACAACAGCAUCAACGGAGUACCAGCUUGUGCCAACACAAGAUUCCUGCGAGACAUCCUCCGUGACCAAUUUGGCUUUCAGGGUUACGUUGUCAGCGAUUUGGCUGCACUGGAAGAAAUUCUCACUAUGCACAAAUACACGUCUACACUUCUUGAGACUGCCGCAGUGUGCGUCAAGGCUGGUGUCAAUCUGGACCUCACAAUAACGGAAGCUAACGUCUAUACCUACAUCACAGAGGCAGUCUUGAAGAAGAUGGUGUCGUACGAUGAAGUGGUGGCGUUGGUGCGUCCAUUGUUCUACACCCGGAUGAGGCUUGGGGAGUUUGACCCACCAGCCAGGAACCCUUACACCAAGCUGCGUGUACAGGAUGUAGUGGAAAGCAUUGCACACCAGAAUCUUGCCAUAGAAGCCGCUGUCAAGAGCUUUGUCUUGCUGAAGAACGAUGGCAUUCUACCCCUGAAAAGUGUCAUGAAGCUUGCGAUUGUUGGUCCGUUUGGAAAUGACUCCGGUCAGUUGUUUGGGGACUAUGCAGGCACACCGUUGCCAAAAUACGUCACCACACCACUGGCUGGCCUGCAACCCUUGGCCAAUGAAACUCGCUUUGCUGCAGGAUGUUACAACCCCGUUUGUUUGCUGUACAACCAGUCCAGUGUCGUUCAGGCAAUAAACGGCUCUGAUUUUGUCGUCGUCUGUCUGGGUUCAGGUGUGACGGUGGAGAGUGAGGGUAGAGAUAGGAAAGACCUCGCCCUGCCCGGCAAGCAACUGCAACUGCUGCAGGAUGCUGUCAAAGCUGCCAAUGGUAAGCCAGUUGUCUUGCUGCUCUUCACUGCGGGACCAUUUGACAUCUCCUGGGCCAUCAACAACACCGCUGUCCCGGUGAUUGUACAGUGCUUCUUUCCAGCCCAAGCUACCGGUGUGGCCAUCAGGAACAUGUUUACCAACUACCAGGGUGCCAACAACCCAGCAGGAAGGCUUCCCUACACAUGGCCUGCAUCCAUGGACCAGGUACCCCCAAUGACAAACUACUCCAUGGUGAACCGCACCUAUCGUUACUUCAGUGGAACACCGCUCUAUCAGUUUGGUUACGGACUCUCCUAUACCAAGUUUGAGUACUUGAAGUUUGUCGUGGAACCUGUCAGCAUCUUUCCGUGUGAUGACGUUUUCGUUAACGUAACCCUGAAAAAUGUGGGAGCGUACACAGGAGAGGAGGUGGUCCAAGUCUACAUUCAGUGGCUGGACGCGACCGUCCCAGUGCCCAAGAUCCAGUUGGCAGCCUUCCAGCGCAUCAACAUCACCACACUUCAGACUACAACGGUCAUUUUGUCCAUUCCGGCCCGUGUGAGAGCAGCCUACACUGACCGCCUGGUCCUUCAGCCGGGACGCUUUGAUGUGUUUGCCGGCGGUCAGCAGCCAGGCCCAAGUACUGGUGGACGGCUGAAGUCCAAUGUGUUGAUGGGGAGAUUCCAAGUGGACGGGCCUGAAACGGACCUGGCUAGAUGUCCCACCUAAAGUACACGGAGGAUUUAUCUCUCACAAUAAAGUAAUGUAAUAAGGCUGGCUCAUGCUUCACUUGUAUUCAAAUGUGAAGUGAAUUUGACGUCACAGAACAAUUGCAGCAAUAUUUUCCCGAGUUGAAAUGUGUUCAACUCAAUUUGACUCGUUCAACUGAUUUCAACUCAAUUGACAUGUCAUUUCAAUUGAGUUGAAAUGAGUUGAACGAGUCAAAGUGAGUCAUGACCUCACAAGUUUCCGUGCACGUUUGCACUAAGCAUGAACUGGCCCUUGAGGUCACAAACAGGAGGUGAACAAUGGCAAAGGAAAGCCCUUGAUACAGUUGAUUUGAAUAAGUUGUGUCUUGACUUGAGACUUUCAGACUUCUGAUUGAAAUGUGCACUUGACUACAACUGAGGCUAAUAGGCAAAAAAAGGCCAGUUCAUACUCGGUGCACACGUGAAUUUUGAAUGCGUUUUAGCUUUUUGAACACAUUUCAGCUCUUUUUUGGUAUGUUUGUGACAUCAGAUUCGAUUCACAUCCACUGUAAACCAGCCUUAACAGUGAGUGGUCCAAUGAAGUUAUGAAGAAAUAGUGACUUGGUUAAAUUUCGUAGCUCUGCACAUUGUUAGCAAAGAAUUUCUGCAGACUAAGUGCAUUUAAAAAAAACCCAAGUUUACCAUACAUUCUUUCCACAUUACAAGAUAUAUGAAAUUCACUCGUUAGGCGGGUGUACAUGUACAUGUAACCACAAAGUGAUUCAAUACUCAGUACUAUUAUGAUUUUAUAGGCACUACAGUCCUGAAAGCUACUGAAAUCUACUUGUGAUUAGGACACGUAUAAAUUAUAUUGACACAUUGAUUCAACUCAUACACUUCAGAGAUGUACAUGUUAUGUAGAUGAAAUCG